CAUAAGUGCAACAACGGUGGGUUCAAGCCCAAAACGUUUUCAUAAUUAAAUGGAUAAUUAAACAAGUCUCCACUGCCGUUCAUCCGCCGCUCCGAUCACCCAAUCGUCCGGGUCAAGCUCCAUGAUCCUCUGGCCUACCUGCGUAUACUAAAAAGGAAACAACGCUAUACGCAGUGAAAAGAUCUGUCCCUAGUUGCAUGAUUAAAUUGGACAUCACUAGGGCUUAUGACACGGUUUCUUGGAGGUUCUUGGAGGCAGUUAUGGUUGGCCUGGGGUUUCCUACUAGAUUCAUUUCUCUUAUUAUGGAAUGUGUAACCACAGCUUUCUCUUCUAUCAUGGUAAAUGGUGAGGGUCAUGGCUUUUUCAAGAGUAAGAGGGGUUUGAGACAGGGUGAUCCAAUGGCACCAACUCUUUUUCUCUUUUGCAUUGAGUACUUCUCUAGAAUGCUCAACACUAAAGCAAAAGAGGGAGUCUUCUCUUACCAUAAGGAUUGUGCUUCACUUGGCAUCACUCACUUGGCUUUUGCAGAUGAUAUCAUGUUGUUCUCAAAGGGGGACUUCCACUCAGUGCAAACCCUUAUGCAAUCUCUGGAUCACCUCUCUAGUGUUUCUGGACUUACACUCAACCCAACCAAAUCCAAUAUCUUCAUUGCUGGGAAAUUUAGAGACACUAGCCAGAACCUGCUGGACUUAGCUCCUUUCCCUCGCGGGCAGCUGCCAGUUAGAUAUUUGGGACUCCCUUUGGCUUCCCAAAGGAUUUCUGAAGCUGAUUUUGCACCCCUCUUUAAAACUGUUGAUGGUUUCCUCUCCAAAUGGGGGACCCUCAAACUCUCUUAUGCUGGAAAGUUGGAGUUGAUCAGGGCGGUGAUCCAAGGCAUUCAAUCCUUUUGGCUGCAGGCCUUUCCAGUUCAGAAGUAUGUCCUUCAUCGUAUUACCUCCCUAUGCCGUGACUUCCUUUGGGGUAGCAAAUUUGCCAAGGUGGCAUGGGCAGAUAUAUGCAAGCCUAAGGGAGAGGGUGGACUAGGCUUACGAGAUGCUAAUAUAUGGAACAAUGCUCUUUUAUGUAAGUUCCUUUGGAAUUUGGCAACUAAGAAGGACUCCCUUUGGGUUAAAUGGGUGCAUAAUGUUUAUAUUAAACAUGACAAUGUGUGGCUUUGGCAGCCCAAGAAAAGACACUCUGUUCUUCUCAAAAGGAUUGCAUAUGUACGAGAGCUUUUGGUACAAAAGCUUGACAACCGUAACUCCUCUUUGGAAGCGGCUUUGCAAACCUUCUGUAUUGGUGAUAACCUUAUUCCAAGCAAGGUUUAUGAUUUUCUUAGGGCAAAGACCAAUCCCAAGCCUUGGAUGGCUUUUAUCUGGCUCUCAACCAUACCUCCUAAAUGCUCCUUUACGAUGUGGUUAGCAUUUAGGAGGAGGCUGCCCACAAAAACAAACUUGGAAUUCUUGGGGAUACCCAUGGAAUGCGCACUUUGUGGGGUUGAACUUGAAGAAAUUGAUCAUCUUUUCUUUGAUUGUUGGGCUUCAAAAAUAGUAUGGGGAGCCAUUAAAGAGUGGCUACGGGUGGAUGGUCAUCUCAGCACAAUUGACAGGGCUGUCCGUUGGUUAAAGGCGCCUAGGAGAGGGGAUGCCAUCUUGAAGAAGGCUAGGAAGGUGGCUCUCGCUUGCACAGUAUUUCACAUUUGGAAACAGCGGAACGCUUGCCAGUUUGACCAGGAGCCUCUUAAUAUAGAGGGUAUGAUUUCUAAAAUCAAGGUUAUGGUUUACACAAUUGUGGGGAGGAUGUGGCCUAUACAUUCCCUUUCCUUUUGAUGCUGUUUAGAGUGUUGUUGUACUAUUGACCCGUGUAGGGCUCUUUGGAUUUGUGUUGUGCUUUCCUUUGUUUUUAUGAUGACUCUUGGUAUGUAUUCGGAAAUCGGUUCUUUCCCAUUUCCAAGCUCGGGUAUGCCCGUUCUAUUUGUACAUUCUCUUUCUUUUAUUCUAUUUACAUUUUUACCGGAAACAAUGCUAUACGCUCAGCAAAAGCUGAGUGGUAAUCUAACAGUAGAACACAUAGUACAUUCACAUUGAUAUAAACAUAAUCGUACAUGUACUAAAGUGUGGGAUACCAC